GCGGACCGGUACCAGCGCCUGAAGGACGAGGUGGUGCGGGCCCAGGUCCAGCUGCAGCUCUUCAAGCUGUACCACAACGAGGCCGAGAUCGAGAAGCUCAACAAGGAGCUGGGCUCCAAGAACAAGGAGAUCGACAAGGACAAGAAGCGCAUGGACAAGGUGGAGGAUGAGCUCAAGGACAAGAAGAAGGAGCUGGGCAAGAUGAUGAGGGAGCAGCAGCAGAUCGAGAAGGAGAUCAAGGAGAAGGACUCCGAGUUGAACCAGAAGCGGCCGCAGUACAUCAAGGCCAAGGAGAACACCUCUCACAAGAUCAAGAAGCUGGAGGCGGCCAAGAAGUCCCUGCAGAACGCCCAGAAGCAGUACAAGAAGCGCAAAGGCGACAUGGACGAGCUGGAGAAGGAGAUGCUGUCGGUGGAGAAGGCUCGGCAGGAGUUUGAGGAGCGCAUGGAGGAGGAGAGCCAGAGCCAGGGGCGAGACCUCACCCUGGAAGAGAACCAGGUGAAGAAAUAUCACCGGCUGAAGGAAGAGGCCAGUAAAAGAGCUGCCACGCUAGCCCAGGAGCUGGAGAAAUUUAACCGGGACCAGAAAGCAGAUCAGGACCGGCUGGACCUGGAAGAGAGGAAGAAAGUGGAGACUGAGGCCAAGAUCAAGCAGAAGCUGCGGGAGAUCGAGGAGAAUCAGAAGCGGAUUGAGAAGCUGGAGGAAUACAUCGCUACCAGCAAGUACGCCCUGCCAGCGCCACGGGGCGCUGUGCUCUGGGGGCUCAGCAGUGGGGAGGGGGGCUCCCGGGGCUGGGCAGGGGCGCUGUCCCCAGGCAGUGG